AUGACUGAAGGAGAGUACAGCGAAGUUCUCCACGACAACAAGCUGACCAACACCGACUUGAAACCAGAAAACAUCCUGUUUGUGAACUCCGACUUCACCAUGACGUACAAUGUGGAGAAGAAGCGAGAGGAGCGGACGGUUAAGAGCACGUCGGUACGGCUGGUGGAUUUCGGCAGCGCCACUUUCGACCACGAACACCACAGCACCAUCGUCUCCACGCGGCACUACCACGCCCCAGAGGUGCUGCUGGAGCUGGGCUGGAGCCAGCCCUGUGACGUGUGGAGCAUCGGCUGCAUCCUGUUUGAGUAUUACCUGGGCUUCACCUUGUUUCAGGUACACCCUUACCUUCCUGCCCACUGUGGAUGUCUGGAUGAACCACAGUGCUGUACAUAUGUUGAUGGAAUGGAUGGGUGA